GCUGUCUUCGACACGGAAAAAACCGUGCUGGAGACCUGCAACGACCAAAGGCAAGUCAGCCACGAGGUAGACGCCUUUCAGACGGUGGAGGGGGAGGGGGAGGUCAUUUUCACGUACGACGUGGAGUGGAAGGAGUCCGAUGUGCCCUGGUCGAGCCGAUGGGACGUGUAUUUCUCCGGGAAUCCGGACGAUGAAAUCCACUAUUUCUCCAUCGUCAACUCCUUAAUGAUCGCCCUUUUCCUCACCGGAGUGGUGGCCAUGAUCAUGCUGCGGACCUUGCGCCAGGAUAUCAGCAACUACAACGAGAUGCAAACGCUUGAGGAGGCGCAGGAGGAAAGCGGAUGGAAGCUGGUACAUGGCGACGUCUUUCGCCCCCCUCAGACAUCUCCGAUGCUCCUCGCGGUUCUGGCCGGUUCCGGGGCCCAGCUCUUGGCCAUGAGCACGGCCAUCCUCACGUUCGCGUUGCUCGGAUUCAUGUCUCCCGCCAAUCGCGGCGGCCUCCUCACCUCUCUGCUCCUGCUCUUCGUCUUCAUGGGCUCCGUGGCCGGGUACUCGUCGGCGCGCCUGUACAAGCUAUUUGGCGGAAAGGACUGGCGGCGGAACACGAUCCUGACCGCCACUGUCUUCCCGGGUGUGAUUUUCGUCAUGUUUUCGAUCCUAAAUGUGGUCGCUAUGCUGGAGAAUUCGUCCACGGCCGUGCCCUUCGUGUGGGUGCUUUGCCUUCUCGUUCUCUGGCUCGGCGUCUCCAGCCCGCUUGUAUUUGUAGGUUCCUACUUUGGUUUUAAGCGGGAGGUGUUGGGAAUGCCUACCCGGACAAACCAGAUCGCGAGGCACAUCCCAGAACGACAAUGGUGGGGCCACCCUCUUCUCUGCAUUGCCGUCGGAGGCAUUUUGCCCUUCGGUGCUGUAUGCAUCGAGCUGUUCUUCAUCAUGUCGGCGUUGUGGCUCCAUCAAAUUUACUACGUUUUUGGGUUUCUCAUCUGUGUCUUCUUCAUUAUGGGCAUCACUUGCGCGGAGAUUGCCAUUGUUUUGACUUACUUCCAGCUCUGCAACGAAGACUACCAGUGGUGGUGGAGGUCUUUUUUCACAUCUGGGUCAACGGCGGUGUAUUUGUUCAUCUACUCCAUCUGGUACUUUGCAAGUAAGCUGCAGAUUGAUGCAGCUGUCUCCAUAUUUAUUUACUUCACGUACAUGGGCAUGAUUUCAAUGGCUUUUUUCCUCAUGACUGGAGCCAUAGGCCUUUUUGCCUGUCUAUGGUUUACCCGAACGAUCUACGGAGCCAUUAAAGUCGAUUAA